AUGCAUAGUACCAAGCAUGUAGAAACUGUGAUAUUGGAUGCAGGCCCAUUAAUCACUCAACCAGCCUCGUCCCUACAACAAUUUGCAAAUAGCUUUUACACUACUCCGGGAGUUCAUUCAGAAUUGAAAGACGAUUAUGUACGCCAGCAGUUGGUUCUUUGGGGCGAUCUGUUAAAGAUCAAACAGCCUAAACAAGAAUACAUUGAUAAAGUGAUAAAGUUUGCCAAAUUGACUGGUGAUUAUAGCGUAUUGUCAGUAAACGAUUUGCAUAUUAUAGCAUUGGCUUAUGAAUUAGAGAUUGAAAGUGGAGGAAAAUUACGAAGUUUUCCAGGAGAGAUCUUGGAGAGUCCUAAACCAGAUUUUGCUGUUCAGAACAAUGCUGCUAACUUAACAGAUUCUGAUGGGUUUGCAGUGGUGAAAAAAAAGGGACGUAAAAGAGGCGGUAAAAGACAAAGAGAAAAGAGAGAAGCUGAAAUGAAGAGACUUCAAGAAGAGAAGGAAACAGCACAAAACGGUACCGAUGAUGGGGACGAAAGGAAUGUUUCUGCACAGAUUGCAUCAAAGCAUCCAGAAAACUUGGUUGAUAAGGAUCAAGAUGUACCAACAGUACACGAUGCGUCAAAAGAUUUAGCAAAAAAAUCUACACAAGAAUCUACACAAAAACCUGUACAAGAACCUGUACAAGAUAACACACGAAAAGUUGAAGAAAAUCCGCCAUUUGUAGAGGAAGAAUACAAUGAUUCCGACGAUGAUGGAGAAUGGAUCACACCAGAAAACGUCCAAGAGGAAAUGUUGAAAGAUCAAAAUGAACAGAUACAGGAUUCUGGGUCCAAUAGUCAUUUGGUGAAAGUGGCGUUAGCUACAGGGGAUUUUGCGUGUCAAAAUGUUGCCAUGCAAUUGGGUAUAAACUUGUUAAAUACCAUGUCUGGUAAGCAAAUCAAGCGUGUGCGAAACUACAUGUAUAGGUGUCAUGCAUGUUUCAGGCUCACACCAAUCAACAAAGAUGGUAGACCAAAACAUUUCUGUCCCAAAUGUGGAGGUGAUACGUUAAUCAGAUGUGCUGUUUCCGUGGAUAACAAGACAGGUAAAAUAACCCCUCAUUUGAAAGCCAAUUUCCAAUGGAUCAAGCGUGGAGAAAAGUAUUCGCUUCCUUCACCAUUGAGUAAAAAUCAACAAAGAUUACAAGGUAAAGGCGGGUACCAACACAACAAGCAAAAUAGGCACAAAACACAACAAGCUCCGUUGAUCUUGAGAGAAGAUCAGAAGGAGUAUGCGCAAGCAUUGAAAAACGAUGAUUGGGAAAGAAGACAGAAUGAAAAAUUGUUACAAGAUUGGAUUGGUGGAGGAAGUGCCGAUAACUACGUCAGCCCUUUUGGCACUGUUAAUACGAUCAGACCAUCGGGUGUACGUGUGGGUAAAGGUCGUUACGUCAAUUCUUCAAGAGGUAAAAAAAAGUAG